AACACAUGUUCUCAAUUUCAUCACAUCUUGAAGCAUUUCACAUUCUGUCCUUUGACAAUUUUUUUUUUUGCCCGUUCCAAUUUUCAUUUAAUAAUCUUCAUUUAUCAUGGCUGAAAAACUUGGUGAUUUCAUGGGAAAAUUCGGUGGUAAGGCUCCAUCUGGUCUUGGUCUUGGUGCCAAAUUAUUGUUAGCCGCUGGUGGUCUUGGUUAUGCUGCUACUCAAUCAGUUUAUACAGUUGAUGGUGGUCAUCGAGCUAUAAUUUUUAGCCGUAUUAGCGGUGUUCAACAAGGUGUUUAUGCUGAAGGAUUGCAUUUUCGCAUUCCUUGGUUUCAAUGGCCUGUAAUUUAUGAUAUUCGAUCAAAGCCGCAACAAUAUUCUUCACCUACUGGUAGUAAAGAUUUACAAAUGGUUAAUAUAUCAUUGCGUGUUUUAGCUCGUCCGGAUGCUUCAAAACUUCCACAUAUAUAUCGGGUUUUGGGAACAGAUUUUGAUGAACGUGUUUUGCCUUCAAUUUGUAAUGAAGUUUUAAAAAGUGUUGUGGCUAAAUUUAAUGCUUCCCAAUUGAUUACUCAACGUCAACAAGUAUCGCUUUUGGUUCGUAAACAAUUAAUUGAUCGUGCAAAAGAUUUUCAUAUUAUUCUGGACGAUGUUUCUCUUACCGAAUUGAGUUUUGGCCGAGAAUAUUCACAUGCUGUCGAAGCUAAACAAGUUGCCCAACAAGAAGCUCAACGUGCCCAAUUUUUAGUUGAAAAAGCCAUACAGGAAAAACAACAAAAAAUUGUACAAGCUGAGGGUGAAGCCGAAGCCGCUCGAAUGUUAGGUGAUGCCAUUUCCAAGAAUCCAGGUUAUCUAAAAUUGAGAAAAAUUCGUGCUGCUCAACACAUUGCCGAAACGAUUUCACAAUCGCAGAACCGAGUUUAUCUGGAUGCCCAAUCAUUGUUAUUGAACAUUGCAAGCAGAGAUUUCGAUAUCAAACCGUCCGAAAUUCAAGGCAAAAAAUAAAUAAUCAUAAUUUAGUCAGAUAUUUUUGCAAAAUAAUGUAA